AUGGCCAAAAAGAACGUCGAGUACAAAGCCAGGGUGCUUUUCUUCCACGGAUAUACACAGCUGGCGCUGACAUUCUACGCCAAAACGCUGGCGCUUCGCAAGAAACUCGCUUCUUUCAAACUCAAAGCUGUAUAUUUGAACGCUCCCUUGCAACUUACUCCAGCACAGUUCCCCACCCAGGAUUCCCUAUCUAAAUUUGGCGCUGCUUCCAACGGCAAGGAUGAAAAUCUCGUCAACUACAGAGCGUGGUGGUUGAAAAAUCCUGACAACUCGUAUGAGAUUGAAAGUGCAAUAGAGACAGUGAGGAAGUACAUGAAGGAAAGGCUAGUGCUAAAUGAGGAGCUGGGAGAAUACGAGAAAGCAGAGGAUGGAGAUGAAGGGCUUCCCGUGAAGGGCAUUAUAGGGUUUUCUCAAGGUGCUUGUUUUGGAGGAGCUCUAGUUCACAAAUUCGAGGAGCUCUUCGGAAACCUGUUAGACUUUGCCGUGCUAUACUCCGGGUUCAAGAUUGACACAAAACUUAUGCCACAUUACGAGAAGUUUUACUCGGGUGACGAUGGGGCACUGACAAAGGCGAGAUUGUUGCAUGUUGUUGGAGAACUAGACACUGUUGUGGGUGAAGAUAGAGCGUACACAUUGUACGAGAGCAGCAAAAAGAACCUGGAGUUGUUGAAGCAUCCAGGUGGGCAUUUUGUGCCGAACCUGAAGUUGCUUGUGGACCAGGUUGUGAAUUGGAUACAUCGAGAGGAGGAACAGAGAGAGGGGGAAAAGAAAGACGAUAGUGUGGAUGACAUCAUGGCCAUGAUGGAUAAGGUGGGAGUUUAG